AUGAUGAAAGGAACGUCACCCUUAGGAAAGCGUCACAACAAGAUGCACACAUUGUGCCGCCGCUGUGGCUCUAAGGCCGACCACCUUCAGAAGUCUACCUGCGGCAAAUGCGGCUACCCUGCCAAGCACAAGAGAAAGUAUAACUGGAAUACCAAGGCUAAGAGACGAAACAUUACCGCGACCAGGCGGAUGAGACACCUAAAAAUUGUCUACCGAAGAUUCAGACAUAGAUUCCGUGAAGGGACAGCCCCUAAACCCAAGAGGGCAGCUGUUGCAGCAUCCAGGAAAAGAGGGCGCAUUUCAGGCUGA